AAACGAGAAGACGGCGACAUCAUCGUGCCAGCAUCUUGCUUUGCUGUGUGUGGUAUGGCCCAACGCACUGGGACCAAGCCAGAACUUUGCACGGCAGGUUCGGCAUUCCGGGACUUAUAUGAAGCCUGCAGGCUUUGCGUUGUGUAUUUCCAAGGAAAAUCACAGCCAGACACGAUCAUCCUACCCAAAUUCCAGCACUACAUCGACUGUUGCACAGCACUUGUCGGUCUUCCUCCACUCCCCCCUUCCCCUUCGAUAAACACCAGUUCUACCACAACCAGACCAUCGCCAGCAACGACUUACCUAGAACAUUCACCUACAAUUUUGGCUGUCAUAACAUCCACAAGCACGCUUCCACAGACGACAUCCCAAGGUUCUGAACCCUCCGACAUAAGCCAACCCAUUUCUAUCCCAACUCCCAUCACCACAACAUCCUGCCUGUCUCCCACCUUAAGCCCGGCACCAACGACUCCAAUAACAACAAAUAUACCAACCCCCGAAAAAAACACUCCCAUCAGCAACAACAACAACAACAACAACACGAUCACAAUAAGCACAGUGAUCAGCAUAAUAGUCGGCGUCCUACUCUUGUUCUUACAGGGGCUGGCAUACUGGAGCCGCCGAGUCAAAAUGACAGCACUACUCAAUCCCCUCGUCAGCAGCAGCAACCAGAGCUACUAG